CUCUAGUGUAACUCCGUCGUUCACUUUCUGGUGCUUACAAACACUUCGUCUUCCUCGUCGUCUCAGAUCCGUCUCUCAUUGUCACUGAGAGAGAGAGAGAGAGAGAUUCGCCAUGGCUAUGGCGAUUAGGGCUUUUCUUCUUCUUUUUGUGCUGUUUCUUUCAUCGAUGAAGCCUAGCUUUUCGCUUUACGAAGAUCAAGUUGGUCUCAUGGACUGGCACCAGAAAUACAUAGGGAAAGUGAAGCAAGCUGUUUUCCACACUCAAAAAACUGGUAGAAAGCGUGUCGUAGUGUCCACCGAAGAGAAUGUCAUCGCAUCACUUGAUCUCCGGCACGGCGACAUAUUUUGGAGACAUGUUCUCGGGAGUGAUGAUGCUAUCGAUGGAAUUGAUAUUGCCCUUGGAAAAUAUGUCAUAACCCUUUCAUCCAACGGAAGUAUUUUGAGAGCUUGGAACCUUCCUGAUGGGCAGAUGGUGUGGGAGUCUUCUCUGCAGGGAAUUAAACCCUCAAAGUCAAUAUCAUCUGUUCCGGCGAAUUUGAAAGUUGACAAGGAUAAUGUGAUCCUUGUUUUCGGAAAAGGGGGCCUUCAUGCUGUUUCCAGUAUUGAUGGUGAGGUUCUCUGGAAGAAGGAUUUUGUGGCUGAAAGUGUAGAGGUUCAACAGAUUUUUCAGCCUCUUGGCAGUGAUGUAGUGUAUGCUGUAGGUUCUGAUGCUUCUUCCCAGUUUCAUGUGUAUCAGAUAAAUGUGAAGAAUGGAGAGUUGCUGAGGCACAAUGCUGCAACCUUUCCUGGUGGCUUUUCUGGGGAACUGGUUUUGGUUUCAACUGACAUUCUUGUGGGAUUGGAUUCUGCCACUAGAUCAAAUUUAGUGACUAUAAACUUUCGGGAUGGAGAAAUUAGUUUUCAACAAACAUAUGUAUCUAAUCUAGUUGGAGAUUCUUCUGGUACAGCAGCACUACUACCAUCAAAACUUCCAGGAAUUUUUGCUAUAAAAACCAAUGCACUUGUAAUAUUCAUAAGAGUGACUAGUGAAGGAAAGUUGGAGUUGGUGGGUAAAAUUAAUGAUCCAGCAGUUUUUAGUGAUGCUCUCUUAAUUUCGGAGGGCCACCAAGUCUUUGCAUUACUUCAGCAUGGAGAUGGUAAGAUCCACCUUUCAGUGAAGCCUGUUCAUGACUGGAGUAGUGAUUUGCUUAAGGAGAGCACAGUGAUGGACCAGCAAUGGGGUCUUGUCCAUAAGAUUUUCAUAAACAACUAUAUCCGGACAGACAGGUCCAAUGGAUUUAGGGCCUUGAUUGUCAUGGAGGAUCAUUCACUGCUGUUGUUGCAACAGGGUGAGAUUGUCUGGAGGAGGGAGGAUGGCCUUGCCUCAAUUGUAGAUGUAACUACGUCAGAACUACCUGUGGAGAAAGAUGGUGUAUCUGUAGCAAAAGUAGAAGAGAACCUCUUUGAAUGGCUUAAGGGACACAUGCUCAAGCUUAAGGGAACUUUAAUGCUGGCAAGUCCAGAGGAUGUUGCAGCUAUACAAGGGAUGAGGUUAAAAAGUUCAGAGAAGAGCAAAAUGACACGAGAUCACAAUGGUUUUCGGAAGUUGCUUAUAGUACUAACUCGAGCAGGAAAGCUUUUUGCCUUACACACCGGAGAUGGACGAGUUGUUUGGUCUCUAUUGCUGCCUUUGCUGCGCAACUCAGAAGCAUGUGAAAAUCCAACUGGACUUAAUAUUUACCAGUGGCAGAUACCUCAUCAUCAUGCAAUGGAUGAAAAUCCAUCUGUCCUCAUAGUAGGUCGGUGCGGUCGAAGUUCUAAUGCACCAGCUGUUCUCUCUUUUGUUGACACAUACACUGGAAAAGAAAUUAACUCAUUUCGUCUCACGCAUUCUGUUGUGCAAGUUAUUCCACUGCCAAUUACCGAUUCGACAGAGCAGCGUCUUCAUCUAAUAAUAGAUGUGGACCAUCAUGCAUAUUUAUACCCAAGAACUUCUGAGGCUAUUAGUCGUUUUCAACUCGAGUUUUCAAAUGUAUACUGGUACUCAGUUGACAGAGAUAAUGGCUUUAUUAAAGGCCAUGUCCUGAAGGGUAAUUGCAUCCAGAAACUUGCUGAUGAGUUCUGCUAUGACUCUAAAGAUAUAUGGUCAAUUGUGUUUCCAUCCGACUCAGAGAAAAUAAUUGCUGCUGUGACUAGAAAAUUGAAUGAGGUGGUUCAUACUCAGGCAAAGGUUAUAGACCAAGAUGUAAUGUACAAGUAUGUAUCAAAAAAUCUACUUUUUGUUGCAACUGUUCCCCCAAAAGCUAGUGGUGAAAUUGGAACAGCCACCCCAGAGGAAUCAUGGUUGGUUGUAUAUCUGAUUGAUACUGUUACUGGUCGUGUAUUGCACCGCAUGACUCAUCAUGGUUCACAGGGUCCUGUCCAUGCUGUUUUCAGUGAGAACUGGGUUGUUUACCACUACUUUAAUCUAAGAGCACACAGAUAUGAGAUGUCAGUCGUCGAGAUCUAUGAUCAAUCCCGAGCGGACAAUAAGGAUGUCUUGAAGCUGGUUCUUGGAAAGCAUAAUCUUACUUCUCCUAUUUCUUCAUACUCUCGACCAGAGAUUGUGACAAAAUCACAGUCUUACUUUUUCACCCAUUCUGUGAAAGCAAUAGCGGUGACAUCCACAGCCAAGGGUAUCACUUCAAAGCACCUUCUUAUCGGUACAAUUGGUGAUCAGGUUUUGUCACUUGAUAAGCGCUAUUUAGAUCCUCGACGAUCAGUCAAUCCGACUCAAGCUGAGCGAGAGGAAGGGAUUAUUCCUCUAACAGAUUCAUUGCCUAUCAUUCCUCAGUCUUAUGUGACACAUGCCCUUAUGGUGGAAGGACUCCGAGGAAUAGUAACUAUACCUGCAAAGCUGGAGUCAACAGCGCUUGUCUUUGUCCAUGGAGUAGAUCUGUUCUACACUCGGAUUGCACCCUCAAGAACAUAUGAUUCACUCACGGAUGAUUUCAGCUAUGCUUUGCUCCUCAUCACCAUUGUUGCAUUAAUAGGAGCAAUCUUUGUAACAUGGGUUUUGUCCGAGAACAAAGAACUGCGAGACAAGUGGAGAUAGAUCUUUUUUGUAGGCUUAUUUUUCUAACAGAAUUUUCAACAUUAGACAGUUUUCUAUAUUUAAGAUAGAUGUUUUAAUUCGCAACUUGUAUUUUCUAGCAUGCCCACAUAAAGUGGCAAAAUAUUUUUUUGUUGUAAAAUUCAAUACGUUAUAAGGAGAAUUUUUGAAUUCUGUGA